AUGUGCUGCGACGGUCCCACCACGCAACGUCCACCGUACCUCCAUCCGCGGCACAGUGCAACUCAGUGCGAAGCCACGAGAUUUGUUCUAAUCGGACUGUAUCUUCUGAUUUUGCAACCGUUGUCGCGUUCAAGUCACUCCAGGAAGCCGAAUCUACCCUGCUCUGAGAUGCGGUUCCCUUUAGGCUGCACAGGAACACCUCGGUGCUUCGUUGUUAUGUCCAGUGAUUUGAGAAGUGAUUUGGCAAGCCUUUUUAAGCCUCAGAAGUCGCAAGACUCGGGUUUUUCUGAGGACAUGCCGGUCCAAAAAAAGAGAGAUCUUCUAAAAGAUGGAUAUGUAAGAUCUAACCAGUCCCUCGUCCUGAAAGUACAUCGACUUGAGGCGGAAAUUGCACGAAGUCGUAAAGUGAUUGAAGGACUGCGUACUGAAAAUGCAUCGCUGAGAAAAAAAAUUUACGACAUUGAAAGACUGGACUGCAAUGAAAGGAUAGAAGCAAUUGUAGAGGAACGAAUAAAAAGGAAAAUGGAUCAGCUGAGUUGUAUCAGCUCCAGAACUGUUGCUCAUUUACAGAAAGCAGCGCUAGAUCUGAAGAAUGCGUUCGUGGAUUUUGGCGUGCUUGUUGAUACCACCUCUAGCUCGUCAAAUUGUGAUAUCUUGGGAAGUAAGCGAAGCACUCUGAACACCUAUGGUGAACCAUCUUUAAGUGUUGUGUCUGAGUCUCCUCCUCUUGCUGCGAAUGGAGUUUUGAACUACAGAGGCAAAGAAAACCGAGAGAGGUCCCUAGAAAGAGAAACUCCCAGUCGCACAUGGUCAACUCGAAGUAAGUCUCGACGAAGUGAAUUAUUUCGACCUGGACGAGUGGAAAUACGAGAAAAUCCUAAUCCACUUGACAUCCUUGAAGCACCUGCUGUUAGGAACAGCUCCUCGCCCACAAGCACUCCACCACUUCUUUCGAGUAGACCGUUCUUUGAGACUCCAGCUGUGCCGCUCUCCGACUGCGAUACGGUUCGAAGGAAGCGUACUGCGACAUUAAAAAUAAAAACAAUGGCGGAGCCGAAAUUGAAUAAUAAAUUGCGGAGGCCAGGUCGAAACGACGAGCCUCAUCCAUUUAUUUCGUCUUUGUACUAG